AUUUUUUGUAUUGGCACAAAUUACUAAAUUAGAGCACCUGGUUUUCUUCCCUGGAAUUUUCUUUACCCAUUUUUCCUGUUUAUAAACCUAACGCUACUUUUCCUUCAACUCUAUCCCAUUGCCGUCACAGACCAACGACAUUGUAGUCUUGUACUCCUCCAACGCGUUCGACCAUGUCCUCCGAAGAAUCUCAAACCAUGUCCUCCGAAGAAUCUCAAACCCUGUCCUCCGACUCCGCGGUUGAGCCGCCGCAAAACGAGCAGAGCAAGAAAGCAGCCAAGAAGGAAGCCGCCAAGCAAGAGAAGCUGCGCCGUCGCCAGGAGGCUGCCGCGCUCGCCUCCACCGUGCAGUCAGUAUCCGUCGAAGACGACCCGCUCGCCGCCAACUACGGCGACGUUCCGAUCCUGGAGCUACAGUCGAAGGUCGACGUUAGGGGCUGGACCGAGGUCGGCGCGCUGACCGAGGCGCUGAGGGACCGCUACGUGGUCGUGCACGGUCGCGCGCAGACGAUCCGCGCUGUUGGGAAGAACAUGGCCUUCGUGGUCGUAAGAGAGAAGGGUUUCACCAUCCAGUGUGUCGUCACGGCGCAGCCCGACGUCGUGAGCCGCCAGAUGGUUAAGUAUGUCGCGGCGCUGAGCCGCGAGUCGAUCGUGGACAUCGAAGGCAUCGUCUCUGUUCCUAAUGUUCCCAUUAAAGGCGCUAGUCAGCAGGUUGAAGUCCAAGUGCGAAAAUUAUAUUGUGUUAACAAGGCUAUGCCAACCUUACCCAUAAACAUUGAAGAUGCGGCUCGAAGUGAAGCCGAUAUUGAAAAAGGUUUGCAGGCUGGAGAACAGCUUGUUCGGGUUAACCAGGAUACUCGUUUGAACUAUAGAGUUCUUGACCUACGAACGCCUGCUAAUCAAGGAAUUUUUCGCAUUCAGAGUGAAGUUGGAAAUGUAUUUAGACAAUUCUUAUUAUCUGAAGGUUUUGUCGAAAUACACACUCCAAAACUAAUAGCUGGCUCAAGUGAAGGUGGUGCUGCUGUGUUUAGACUCGACUACAAAGGGCAGUCUGCAUGCUUGGCUCAAUCACCUCAGCUUCACAAGCAAAUGGCAAUUUGUGGUGAUUUUGGGCGUGUUUUCGAGAUUGGUCCUGUUUUCAGAGCGGAGGACUCUUAUACUCAUAGGCAUUUGUGUGAGUUUACGGGUCUCGAUAUUGAAAUGGAGAUUAGGCACUAUUUUGAGGUUAUGGAUGUUGUGGACCAAUUAUUUGUUACAAUGUUUGACACUUUGAACAAGAAUUGUUCGAAGGAACUAGAAGCAGUGGGGAGGCAAUACCAAUUUGAGCCUUUGAAGUACCUGCGCCAGACCCUAAGGCUUACAUUUGAGGAAGGAAUCCAAAUGCUUAAGGAUGCUGGUGUAGAAGUGGACCCAUUUGGGGACCUAAAUACUGAGUCGGAAAGAAAGCUAGGCAAACUUGUUUUAGAGAAGUAUGGCACUGAGUUCUACAUUCUUCACCGUUAUCCUUUGGCUGUUAGGCCAUUCUAUACAAUGCCUUGCUACGACAAUCCUGCUUACAGUAACUCGUUUGAUGUCUUCAUUCGUGGUGAGGAGAUAAUAUCUGGAGGUCAGCGUGUGCAUGUACCAGAAUUCUUGGCUGAACGUGCACAGGCAUGUGGAAUUGAUGUCCAGACAAUAUCGACUUAUAUUGAUUCUUUCAGAUAUGGUGCACCUCCACAUGGUGGGUUUGGAGUAGGGUUGGAGCGUGUGGUGAUGCUUUUUUGCGGUUUGAAUAACAUCAGGAAAACGUCCCUUUUCCCCCGUGACCCACUUAGGAUUGCUCCCUGAAAAGUAUAUUCAAGCAAGCAGUGGUCGCACUGAAAUCUUUUACCUGACAGAGGAAAUGUUUCUUUUGAGUACUUUUAAAGCAUGUGAAGCAAUAGCCAAUCCGUAUAAAUUGGUACUUAUUGUCAUUCUUUAUUUGCUGCUUUCGGUACUUCAAUAUGAAAAUAUUACAUUUGGUAUAUGAAAUAGUCACUGAUCUUUUGACAA